AUGAUUCUGAGAUUCAGGUGCCAGGACGGCACCUUCAGGAUUGAAGUUCAGCCUUCCGAUGAUAUUUCCGUUCUCUAUCACAAGCUUCUCGAUGUUCUGCCUAAAACCAUCGAACCUCAGUCGAUAUUACUCUCGGAUAAACCAGCAAAUGGGUCAACUCGUGUCCUGAAGGACUUGACGGGUCAGCCGGUCAGAGAUGUUGGUCUCAAUCAUGGCGAUAUGCUCUUCCUCUCCUACGAAACGGCUUCUACGAACGGUACCAUAGACAGUGCGACAGCGAAUCGUAUCUCCGGAAAGAUUGUCAAACCCGAAGAAGAUGUUUCUGAGUCCUACACAUACACCACAAACUCGCACACCUCUACCAAGCUAAACCCAUGGGAAACCAUAAACCCAGAUCCUGUUGAUGAAAUUCUCGAUAAACAAGAUGGCAAGAUUCACCGGCCGAAGGACCAGAAAAUGUGUCGGCAUGGGAGCAAGGGCAUGUGUGACUACUGCAUGCCUUUGGAACCGUACGAUGCUAAAUACAUGGCCGAGAAGAAGAUAAAGCAUCUUUCCUUUCAUUCUCACCUCCGCAAAAUAAAUACGGCUACCAACAAACCGGAGCUUAAGUCUUCGUAUAUGCCGCCUUUGUCUGAACCUUUUUUUCGUGUAAAACCCAACUGUCCUAGCGGCCACCCGUCCUGGCCGGCGGGUAUUUGCACGAAAUGCCAACCCUCAGCAAUAACUCUCCAGCAACAGGACUUUCGUAUGGUCGACCACGUCGAAUUCUCCGACCCAGGUCUAAUAAACACGCUUCUUGACUUUUGGCGCCGUAGCGGUUCUCAGCGUCUAGGAUAUCUUUAUGGUCGUUAUGCUCCCUACCCUGAAGUCCCGCUAGGAAUCAAAGCCAUCGUCGAAGCCAUUUAUGAGCCUCCGCAGCGCUGUGAGAGCGACGGUAUCGCCCUAACUCUUCCGUGGGACAGUACCGCUGUUGACGAAGUAGCGGCUCUCUGUGGCUUACGAAAAGUAGGUGUCAUCUUCACAGAUUUGACAGAUGAUGGCACGGGGAAGAGUACUGUCGUUUGUAAGCGUCAUAUUGACUCUUACUUUUUAUCGUCCCUCGAAAUUGCCUUUGCGGCAAAACUUCAAGCCAAUCACCCCCAUCCCAGCAAAUUCUCAGAUACGGGAUACUUCGGGAGUAACUUCAUUACAUGCGUAGUAUCUGGUAAUCCGGAUGGAGGGAUCGAUAUUUUUGCUUACCAAGCAUCGAAUACUGCUGUCGAGAUGGCUAGAGCGGAUAUUAUCGAACCCUCUGCAGACCCAGGGUUAAUGCUUGUAAGAAACGAAGAUGACAAAGAUGAUACAUCCUCUCCGUCGAGAUACAUACCGGAGGUCUUCUAUCGACGGAUUAAUGAAUACGGUGCAUCAAUCCAGGAAAAUGCAAAGCCGGCAUUCCCGGUCGACUAUUUACUCGUUACCUUGACGCAUGGAUUCCCUACUGAAAGCAAGCCCACUUUCAUAGCCCAGCCAGGGGGGUUCCCACUCGAAAAUCGAGAAGCAGUCGGUGUGGUUCAAGAUAUCGGGGCGGUGGCCCGGCAGUUGGGCGUCGGUAAAGGCGGCGAGGUUGGCGUUGACGUAAUAAGCGAUUUUCAUAUGUUAUGCUUUUUACACAACUUUGGAAUUUUGGAUAAGGAUGAGGAACGUCUCCUUGCCAAAGUGGCGACUGAACACGAUGUCAACGAUGCCUUUGCGCUCUCGCAAACUGGUGGCUGGGCAACACUGCUCACGAUUUUACAAGAAAGCGGUGAGUACCCUUCAUCAUCCCGUACUACUCGACCCUUUCAAUUCCUACCCAGUGCUGCCGCUGCCGCUAGCCGAAAGAGGAGGUAUUACGACGAAGGAGGAAAUGAUGAAAUAAGUGGACUCGUAGAUGGAGUUGGCGGGAUGCAGGUUCAACACUCACCGCACGGGGAGGGGAAGAGAUUAGGGGGUGCGGCAAAGGAGGCCGUGAGAGAAAAUUUCGAGAGGGAGGUGCUUAGUUCAGGAACAGGCAGCGGGGCAAGCGAAGAUUUGGGACUAGAGUCAGUUACCAGUGAGGAGCGAGUAUUGACGAAGAAGAUGAGGCGGGUUAGUUUGAACCAUCCCGGAUAG